AUCGAAAUCCAACAAUUAAAAAUCCAAAAUCAAUUGGAUCACAUAAAUCCCAAUUAUAAUUUUAUAUCUUUUCUUUUUCCUCACCAAGCAAAACCCAUGAUUUUUCGAGAAAAUCUUUGUUGUCAUAUAGUAGAAAAAUGGUGCGAUUUGUGACCCUCACACACGACGAAGWGAGGAUUUGGGUUUAAUUUCGUAACUGAUAUUAUCUUCUUCUUCUUCUUCUCGCGAUUGAUGUUGAAGCAGUAUGUUAUGGCUUCUAAUGGGUAUCUUCCUACCCUCGUAUUUCGCCCAGAACAAGGCUUGAACAGAGUACCUAAGGAUUCUCAGCGUCUCUUGCCUAAUUAUGAACUACGAGAAGAUAUCAUACGAUCAAGUCCCCUCAACAUGAGCCCGCAACAAAGUGAGGAGCCAUGGAAACCGAUAAGUGGGUUAAUCGACAACAACCAGUUUGUUAUGAUUGAACCGACUGUUACAAAGUCUGCACUCAUUGAUAUCCAAGAUUCUUGCUCUAUUUUGCCGCUUUUCAGCGUUGGCAUCACGGAACAGUGCACAAGGCACAAUAGAAUCUUUAAGUUUUUGAUGUCGGGAUUAAGUGAAUUAGAAAGAGACGGGCUAGAUUUGUUGUCACUUUCUGACCUAAACGGGCUUCAAACUAUGACAACCGAUUACAAACCGUAUUUUCCUGAUGUGGGUCCUACAGAUUCUCCUCUUAUAUAUCCAAAUAUCGAAUUCGACUCCCAGAAACCUUUGAUGGACUUUGUUGGUGAUUUGGUUCGGCGUUCUGAAGUUUCCAAGACUGAGAUGAAGAACAUACUUUCGAUUUUUGCGGAGUUUUAUUUGUUAAAGAACUCGAGUAAUUGGAGAAAGCAGUCAACGUUGGUACCACAAUUCAAUAGGUUGGAUUACAAUGAAACAAGCUAUUAUGGUUCCGCAUUGGAGCUAGAAAAUGUGAUGGUCGCUCCUCCGAAGAGCCCGGAGAAGAUCAAAGUGAAGMCGUCACAGAAAAAGAAGGGCAGCCGCAAUAAGACAGCAAUCAAACACAGAAGUAAUUACAUUCAGGCCUGUGAAAGCCUCUUAUCAAUCAUAGUUGACAAAAACCGAAAUGGGAAAGCCGCUAUUCCCGUUCUAAAGAAAUCCGGUCCUGAGCUACCCAAUCUCCUAACUCAAUUCUCUGCUAGCAUUGCCGGAAUGGGCAUUGCUGUUCUUUUCUCGGUUAUGUGUAAGUUAGCCAGUGGUCGAGUGCCGUUUUGUGCAUUGAAACUGCUCAACACGGGUCUCGGCCUUGGCCUCGUGUGGCUUUCGUGGGCGGUCAACAGACUCAGGGAUACGAUCAUGGUGAUUAACAAGAAUUCAAACAAGAAAGGUKUGAAAGAUGAAGAACUGAUGAAGAAUUUGGAUAGAAGUGUGAAGGAAAUCUACUUUAGAGGUGCAGCAUUGAUGGCAGUGGUGGUGUUGAGGCUUGCUUGAAUCCCGUUCGCUGGAAUUGCGAUGGGAUUUUUUUAAAGUGUCACGUCAGCUUUAGCAGAUAAAAAGAAUAGACGGUCGGUUUUAUGUGAAAAUGUAUCGAGGAUUGUGAUAUGAUGGUGUAAAUCUUGGGGGUAAAAUAGGGAAUUUGAUUCUAGACAAUCGUUUAGUCGUUUGAUAUGGAGUUGAUCUUUGUUUCGAUCAA